UGUAAAGCGGGAGCAACGAUCCUGUCCGGAAUGCCAAAGAUGGAGAGGUCAACCCGUCAAUCCAAAGAUGUCUGACCUCCCUGUGUCCCGCCUUCGGUUACAUCAGCCAGUUUUUUUCUCCACAGGCAUAGACUGUUUCGGGCCCAUGCAGGUCAAGAUUGGCCGCCGCAGCGAGAAGCGAUGGGGCCUGCUCUGUAAAUGCUUGACAACCAGAGCGGUCCAUAUCGAAGUGUUGUCCAGCAUCAGUACCGACUCCUUUCUGAUGGCAUUGAGACGGUUUAUCUCUCGCCGUGGUAAACCAGCGGAGAUACUUUGUGACCAGGGCACUAAUUUCCGAGGUGGGGAUCGUGAACUACAGGAAGCCUUCAAUGCCCUACAUCCAUCCCUACAAGCCCAACUUGCCGAGUACCAGCUGAAGUUCCGCUUCAAUCCUCCAAGCGCCCCUCACUUCGGUGGGUCCUGGGAGCGGGAGAUCAGAUCAAUUAAAGCCGCUUUAACAUCCACUCUAGGCUGUCAGGUUGUAACAGCAGAAGUUCUCCAAACAGUGCUGAUUGAAAUAGAGGGAAUCCUCAAUUCAAAGCCAUUAGGAUACGUUUCAUCUGACCUGGCUGACCCCGACCCCAUCACCCCGAAUCUGUUGCUGAUGGGGCGGCCGGAUCCAUCACUUCCCCAGGUAACCUACCACGAUUCCGAACUGAUCGGACGCCGGCACUGGAGGACAUGUCAGGUGUUGAGUGACCGCUUCUGGACACAGUUCCUGCGUCACUAUUUGCCAACCCUGCAGACGAGGUCCAAGUGGCUCAAGGACACAUCUCCCAUUCGGGUUGGCACUGUUGUAAUGAUAGUGGACCCCCAACUCCCAAGAGCGUCGUGGCCACUCGGAGAGGUCAAUAAAGUUUUUCCAGGGACUGACGGUUUGAUCCGCUCAGCUGAAGUCAAGGUGAAGGACCGCACCUAUGUAAGACCUGUGAGUCGUCUUGUCAGACUCCCGGCAGUGCCAGAACGAGAUGGACAUUGAAUAUUGUCUUCAAACUUGCUAAAGCAAGUUUGGGGGCGGCUGUUAUGAAGACAAGACUCUAUUUACACUAUACUAUUGCAUUGCAUUGUAACUUUGGGGGCAGUUCCCAGGCUGACCGCCGGAGGGCGCGGCCGCUUGUGAGCACAAAAUGUUUAAUAAUGUUUUGCUAGUUUUGUCCUGCUGAGCAUCGGAGAUGAUACCAUGUUCCUUCGUGUGUUAUAGAGUGUGUUAUGAUUGUGCGGCCUAGUGUGCGUCCAUGAGACAGAACCACACGAAUACACAUGUAUGUAUACUGCACAACCCAAAAGGGAGGAAACUUAAAUUAAAGAAACUCAAGAAUUCAUCCGGACUUUUCUUUGCAUUCUAACCGAUGCACACUCUGCGAUCACAAUACUACUGAGCCAGAUCAGAGUAGUAAAGCCUCCAUCACAACUAUUAUAUAGAAAAAAAU